AGGAGGCGCGCCGAACCCAUUGUCAUGUCCAGGAGGCUCCUGCAGGGGACGUGGGGGGCACGGAGGUUAAAGGCAGCAGCCAGUGGCUACCUGGAGGCACACACAGACCCCCAGGGCGGCAGGAGUGGGUCUGGGGGAGGGAGCAUGGGGCCUGAGGCGCUGCUUGGAGCCGAGGGACCCUCCUCUGUGUCGAGGACUCGGCCCACCCGACCUCUGCUGCUCAGUCUCUGUGGGUCUCGGGCUGGCCAGGGAAGGCCCGGUUUUCCUCCCGCAAGGCCCUACAUGGGCGGGGUCCGUAGCGGGGACUGUCCUGUACAUGGGCUGUGUGCUGUGAUCCCAAAUCUCCCCAGUGCCCUGCGAUAAGAGGGGCUCCGGGAGGGGUGCCUGCUGAGCUGAGAGCAGGACCCUGGGGCUGCUGACAGGCGCUCCUAGGCUGGCUUGGGCCAGGGGGAUGGUGGAGAGUCGAAGGCGCCCUCUGGGGAGCUCAGGGGAAUGAACAGAUUAUUUCCAACUUUUCUUUUCCUGGGCCAGCCUCCUGAAACGCUAGCGUUGUGCUGGUGAGGCAAGGCACAGCAAGCUGCCCUUCUACGUGGGCAGUGAGGCCUGGGACAGAGCCCAGCCCUGGAGCCCUGAAGUCCUGGUGGCUGGGCUCUUUGAGUGGCCAGGCUGGGGCUGCCACCCAGGGCAGGCUGCCGAGGCCCAGGGCGCCUCCUGGGAUGAGCCCAAGUCCCUUGUCACGCUCUCUGCCUGGGAUGCAACAUUCUGUGACAGGGAGGAAGGCUGAGGCAGGCUGCGUGGGGCCUCUGAACCCCCAGCAUGGAGCAUUCGGAAGGGGGCUGAAGGGGGGCAGGGCCUCAGAAAUGAGAAGACGAGGUGGAAGGUGGACCUGGGGGCCCCUCCUACCCCACCUGUCUGGAACCCAAGAGACCGAAGCUGCCAGGAUGAGGCUGCUGUGUGGCCUGUGGCUGUGGCUGUCCUUGCUGACAGUCCUGCAGGGUCAGACCUCAACCCCCCCGCCACUCCCGCCCCCGAUGCAGAGCUUCCAAGGAAACCAGUUCCAGGGGGAAUGGUUUGUCCUGGGCCUGGCGGGCAACAGCUUCAGGCCGGAGCACAGGGCGCUGCUGAACCCUUUCACCGCAACUUUCGAGCUAAGUGACGCUGGUGGCUUUGAGGUGUGGAAUGCCAUGACUCGAGGCCAGCACUGUGACACGUGGUCUUAUGUGCUGAUACCAGCAGCCCAGCCCGGGCAGUUCACUGUGGACCAUGGUGUGGAGCCCGGGGCAGACAGAGAGGAGACCCGGGUGGUGGACAGCGACUACACCCAGUUCGCCCUGAUGCUGUCCCGCAGACACACGAGCAGGCUGGCCGUCCUCAGGAUCAGCCUGCUGGGCAGGAGCUGGUUGCUGCCUCCCGGGACGCUGGACCAGUUCAUCUGCCUGGGCAGAGCUCAGGGCCUCUCGGAUGACAACAUUGUCUUCCCAGAUGUGACCGGUAACAUAGCUCACCUGCAGGCAUGCUGGGCAGUAGGCACGGGGCCCGCAGGAAUGAGUUUGGUUGACCCUAGAGGAGCUGGACCCAGUGUCUGCCCAGGGAGCUCAGCCCCAGCCUGCACUCAGGUGUCUCCAGGCUCCUGGGUCCCUGCGCUCAACCCAGGCUCUGAGCCACCUCCUGCCGCCCUGGGUCCCCUGUCCCGGGCCACCUCCUCCCACCCCGGGUCUCCUGUCCUGGGCCACCUCCUUCCACCCCUCGUCCCCUGUCCCGGGCCACCUCCUCCCUCUGGGUCCCCUGUCCCAGGCCACCUCCUCCUGCCCCUCCCACACCAGGUCCCCUGUCCUGGCCCACCUCCUCCCACCCAGGUCCCCUGUCCCAGGCCACCUCCUCCCUCUGGGUCCCCUGUCCCGGGCCACCUCCUCCCACCCCGGGUCUCCUGUCCUGGGCCACCUCCUCCCACCCCAGGUCCCCUGUCCCAGGCCACCUCCUUCCACCCCGCGUCCCCUGUCCCGGGCCACCUCCUCCUGCCCCUCCCGCCCCAGGUCCCCUGUCCCAGGCCACCUCCUCCCUCUGGGUCCCCUGUCCUGGGCCACCUCCUCCCCUCACCCAUCCCUGCUCACAAGGAGCUUGGACUCAUCCCAGGAGGUGCCCUGGACCUUAGCAGCCUGCCCUGGGUGGCAGCCCCAGCCUUACUACUCAGAGAGCCCCGGCCCCCAAGGCCUGACUCUUCUUGUGGGAGGGCGAGGUCAGCCAGAGCCCCUCCUCUUCCUGGAGGGAUGCCCACCGUGCCCCUCUGAUUCCUGCCUCUGGUGCUUUACAUGUGCAUAACCACAUGCACACACACUCACGCAUGAGCAAACGUGUACAGACUGGCACAUGCCUCCACAUGCGAACACCCACUUACACACACGCCACUCACACUGGCAUACAUGCUGUCUACCCAUGCACAGGCACACGUGCUGGUCUGCACACACCUGUACACACCUGCACGCUCCCUAUGCCAGGCCUCCUGGGUCUGCAGUGAGUCUGGGGGCCCACGGGGACAGGGACAGGUGAGGGGCUUCCUGAGGACCUGGGGCUGUUGGCAGGGCAGCCGCUGUGGGUCACAUCUUCCGCCCCUUCUCAGCCUCCCUCACCCCAGCCCCUUCCCCUAGACCCACUGCUGGUCCCCUUUCUCCCUCCUGCUCCUCACCCGAAGCCACCUGCCCCUCCUUGUACCCUCGCUUGCUUUCUCCUGGGCUCUGUCCCCUGCUCCCCCUUUGUCCUCCAUCCCGACUCCAUCUCCCCCACCAGGCUGGUCACCCCAGGCCAGUGUCUGUUGAAGGAUGAAGCAGCGCCUGUCCGGCCCAGCCCUGCCUCACAGCUGUGCGAGCUCUGCCCUCCUCAGCUCUCAAACCUGAAUAAAUGCACCAAGCCCAGAGCCCCAGAGUGUGGCCGCUGUGACCUUGGGUUGGGCAAAGAGACGGGAGCAAGGCGGCCGCUGGCCCUGCAGGGCUGCAACAGCUCCUUCUCUGGGCACGCUACAGCCCCCCAGCCGGCUUUCUCUGGCCAGUGUGUAUGACUGUGUCAGUGAGGGUGUGCACAUGUGUGUUCAUGCGUGAGCUUUUGCCCAUGGUUGCAGGUUGUACAAGGUCGUUCCCAGGCCAAGGCCCCUCCAUCCCUGCCCCUUGGGCCCUCGGCUGUGGGAGUUCGCAGGCCCUUCUCCACCUCCACCCUGGUCAGCACUUGGGGCUGCCAUGCCAGAUGCAGCCGGGCUGGAGCUUGCCCCGGAAACGCUCAGACCCCGAGCUGUCCCAGGCAGCGGCCGCUCUGUCAGGGAAGCUGGCCUGGAGCUACCAAGGUCCCAGAACAGGAGGAGGCCCUGGUGCAGAUGCCCCAGGCCUGGGAGAGGGGAUGCGGUGACAAGCAGCCUCAGGCUGGAGCCUGCUGGGCACAGAGACACAAAGGGUCUGAGGUCACAACCCAGACACCCACUCCCAGCCUGAGCCCCCCAACCCUGACUGUACACCCUUGCAAGAUGGCUGCACUCGGACGCCAACCCCCACCGGCCAGCCAGAGCAACCCAAUUCUCAGCCCUCCGAUGUCUGUGUCCAUCUCGGCCCCUACUGUCCUCU